AUCAGUCUCUCGCUCUCUCUCUCCAGAGUUAUCAGUCUCUCUCUCUCCAGAGUUAUCAGUCUCUCUCUCUCUCUCUCCAGAGGUAUCAGUCUCUCUCCAGUAUCAGUGUAUCUUCAGACUUACCCAGCAUCGUUGUCCGUCCUCUUCAGUACUUUGGAGAUGUGAGUCAGACUGUGUCUGAACUGAGAGAGAAACUAGAAGACUUCCUUAAAGGAGAAUGGACCAAGAUCUCCACUACAGUGAAUAUAGUGGAUGUUGUACUGCCUCCAGAGCCCAAGACCAGAGAACAGUUGUUACAAUAUUCCUGUCAGCUCACACUGGACCCAAACACAGCAGGCACAGACCUCUCUCUGUCUGAAGGGAACAGAAAGGUGACACGUACAGGCCAAGUCCAACCAUAUCCUGACCAUCCAGACAGAUUCACCAACUACAGGCAGGUUCUGUGUAGAGAGGGUCUGUCUGGACGCUGUUACUGGGAGGUGGAGAGGACUGGUGGUGUUGUUACAGCAGUCUCAUAUAAAGACAUAAGCAGAACAGGGACAGAUGGUGGAUUUGGACACAAUAACAAGUCCUGGAGUUUAAAGUGCUCUAGAGGUGGUUAUUGGUUCAGACACAAUAAUGUUGUGACUAAAGUAUCAGGCCCUCAGUCCUCCAGAGUAGGAGUGUACCUGGAUCACAAGGCAGGUACUCUGUCCUUCUACAGUGUCUCUGACACAAUGACCCUCCUCCACAGAGUCCAGACCACAUUCACUCAGCCCAUCUAUCCUGGGUUUUGGCUCAAUGGUACUGCUGAGCUGGUUAAACUGUAGUAGGGUCCACAUAGAUACUAGUCAUGCUGGUGUAGUCUAUAGCUGAGCUGGUUAAACUGUAGUAGGGUCCACAUAGAUACUAGUCA